CUACCUUGCUUCACUGAAGACACUAUGACGACACGUCUCUUCCAUUCCCCGAGUUCGUUCUUUAUGUGACGGAUCAUUCUCACUGAUCGGUACGGUGUGAUUCUGGGCGUGAAAAGGGCAGGACCUUCUCGCUCAAGGCUCCUUAAACUGUACCUCAGAGUUGUAUGCCAGCCGUUCACUUCGACAGGCUCAGAACUCUGGACUGCUUUCAGCCCUCUGACUUCUCAACGCCGUUGCCAAUAUGUCUCGUCUUCAGUCUAUGCAGCUAUCGGGCAUACGCUCAUUCGGCCCAUCGGAUCCGGAGACAGUCAAAUUUGAAACACCAUUAACCCUCAUUGUUGGCCAAAAUGGCUCUGGCAAGACUACCAUAAUCGAGGCCCUCAAAUUUGCCUUCACCGGUAUGCAGCCUCCAAAUACAAAAAUUGGUGGUGCUUUUAUCAAUGAUCCCAAAUUGGGCAACGAGAAAAAUGUCAAAGCGAUGGUGAGAGUGGCUUUCAAAGAUGCUAAGGGCACCUCGUACGUCAUCUCUCGCCGUCUGGAACUGUCAGUAAAAAAGACCGCUCGAUCUUUGAAAAGCCUUGAAGUCUCUCUCAACAUCUCCAAGAAAGGAGUAAAGACUGUCCUAUCCUCGCGCGUUGCCGAAAUGGAUUCUAUCCUGCCUCGCUAUCUGGGUGUGGGCACGGCCAUCAUUGACAAUGUCAUUUUUUGCCAUCAGGACGAAAGCUUGUGGCCUCUCAGCGACCCUUCGACCCUGAAGAAGAAAUUCGACGAGAUAUUUGAGGCUCAAAAAUAUACCAAAGCCAUUGACAAUAUCAAGCAGAUUCGUAAAAAGCAGCAUGAAGAAUUAGGCAAAUACAAAAUCCUCGAAGAUCAUGCUAAACUGGACAAAGAUCGUGCGAGAAAAGUGUCUGCUAACGGGCACAAAAUUGCUGCGAUAGUCGAGGAUCUAAGGGUCGAAAUCCAGGAUCUGCAAAAACGGAGUGCACAAGCCAGGGCUAUGGCAGAUGAGGCUUGGAGGAAAGGCGAGGACUACGCAAAGGUGCUGGGUCUGUUAGAAGGGAAGCGUAUAGAGGCGCGAGGGAGGAAAAGCACUAUCGAUGGACUCAAGGAACACCUCGAGGAGAUCGACGAGUCGGACGAUUGGCUACAAAAGACGCUUGAGCAAUUUGAAGACAAACAACAGGAAUUGAAAGAUGAAAUCCGUACCAAACAGGAGCGAUACAUUGAGCGGCAAGAUGAACUCAAACGUCUCGGGAAACAACGCGAAGAGCAGGUCAAGCUCAAAGGGAAAUAUGAGCAAGAAAAGGAAGAACACGAGCGACACCUUGUUCGACGAAGAGAGAUGGUGCAGGCUGUCGCUACCAAGCACCAGAUUCGUCGUUAUGAUGAUCUGACUGAUGACUCCCGUGUUGAAGAAUUUUUGCUCAAGGUGAAGAAGAUCCUACAGGAUCAGAAAGUUGCUCUCGACCGUGCCAAGCUUGAGCAUGCUUCAGAGCGACGAGAAGCACAAACCCUAGUCAACAAGCUGACAGAGCGCAAAGCCGCACUUCAGGACAACAAAGUCGGCAUUCGCAAACAGAUAGACUCAAAUGAUCGAGAUGCUGGGGAAUUCCAACGCAAAGUCAAUCAGAUCAAUGUUGAUGAAGGCAGUAGAGCAGUUGUGGAAUCGCGUAUCGAAGAUCUCAAGAACAAGCUGAUACAUGCGAGAGAAGCCGCUGAGACUGCCGACUGGGACAACAAACUGCAAGAUGCCAACAGCCAGCUUCAGUCCCUGGAAAGAUCAAACUCUAAACUUGGUGACGAGAUUGUCCAAACCACCCAGAGGGCAGGAGAACUUGCUCGGUUGUCGCACUUGAAACAAGAACUGAAGGAUCGACAGCGGAGCCUAGAGACACUUUUGAGUGCGCAUAGCGACCGCAUCAACAAGGUCAUGGCGGACCAAGAAUGGACACCUGCUACUGUUGAGGCAGUUUACCAAGAGGCGUUGGGCACGGUCAGCGCAAAGCUUUCCUCGGCUGAACGGGAGCGAGACUCUGUUGGAAGGCGUCUGGAGCAGGCAUCGUUCCGACAGAAGACAUUGCGUGACGAGCUCAACAGAAAGAGGUCGGAGGCAAAAGACUGUGACAAGCAAAUUCGUGCGGUGGUGGCAGCCGGACCAGAGGCGUAUGACGAAGCAUUGCAACAGGCAGAGGCCGACGCGGACUUUGCUCGCGACGAAAGUGGCGGCUUUGCCGGUCUCCAUGACUAUUACAAAAAGGUGCUACAAUCUCUCGAAGCACCGAAGCCUGCGUGUCGAACUUGUUCACGAGGUUUCAAGAGCCCUGAUGAUCCAGCGUUGGUAAGAACGAAGAAGCGGAUGCAGGAACUAGUUGCCAAAACACUUGAAGACUUUGAGCGCACCAACCCUAAAGAGGCCGAGGCCGAGUACAAGCGCCUCCUCGAUCUCGGGCUGGCUGUUGAAACCUGGAAGAAACUUGCAAACGCCGAUAUCCCAGCCGCUGAACAAGACUUAUCAGAUUUGAAGGAGCAGCGUGAGAGAAUUGAGUCCGAGCUCGAAGAACACGACAAGAUCGCAGAGCAGGCCCUGCAAGUAAAACAAGAUGUUGAAUCUAUUGGUCGGACCGUCGCAUCAAUUUCGAAAUACCAUGGCGAAAUUGGAACUCUUGGUGCUCAAGUCGAGGAGCUUUCGACCAAACAAUCCCAACAGACGACUGGUCGAACGUUGGAGGACAUCCGAGAGGAACUAAACUCUACGACCGAGAAGAUUCGUAGUAUACAGAAUGUGAUGGAACGCCUCAGAACAGAUCAAGAACAGUCUCGAGCAGCACUAUCAUCCCAGGAGCUUGAACUCAGAGAUCUGAAAGGAGAGUUGAACACAAUCGGUCAUCAACUCGACAAGAAAGCAUCGCUCGCUGCCCGUGUCGAAGAAUUCCGCGAGCAGAAUCGGAAAUUACGCGAUGAUCUCAAUAAGCUUGAUCGAGACAUUGAAGCACUUGAUCCUGACAUUGCAACAGCAAAAGCCAAGUCUGAAGAUAUCGAACAGAGAACGGCCACCAAAGAACGUGAAAUGGCCAACGAACAAUCUAAGCUUAGUGAGAGCGUCAACGGGUUAGACCUAUUGAACGACCAAGUUCAGGCCUACAUAGAUCGCAACGGACCGAACCAAGUUGCCCAUGUCAACAGAGAGCUAAGUCAUCUGGAAAGAGAGCUAGACAACGCUCAGACUGAACAAGGAAAGCUGACGCGGGAAAUCAACAAGAUCAAUGACCAAAUCCGAGACAGCGAAGCGACCAGAAGACGAUAUUCGGAUACUUUGCGAUAUCGUCAAGAGACCAAAAUGUUGAGCCAGUUGGAAGAGGAGAUUGAAGAGCUUGCCAGCCAGAACAGCGAAGAGGAUCGCGACAAUUUCCAGCAAGAAGCUAAAAAGUACCAAAACGAGUACAACAAACUUAGUGCAGAACAAGCGCGCAAGUACGGAGAGAUGACUUCAAAAGAUGCCCAGCUCAGCGAACUCAUGGAUGACUAUAAUCUCAAUCUUGUAGAUGCGGCUAAUCGCUACAAGGAAGCUCAUAUUAAAGUCGAGGCGACCAAAGCUGCGGUGGAAGAUCUAGGUCGUUAUGGUGGCGCGUUGGACAAAGCAAUCAUGAAGUAUCAUAGCCUCAAGAUGGAGCAAAUCAACGCCAUCAUCGACGAGCUGUGGCGCAAGACAUACAAAGGAAGCGACGUCGAUACGCUUUUGAUCCGUGCCGACAACGAAUCUGGACGUGCCAAUCGGUCAUACAAUUAUCGUGUUGUCAUGGUCAAGCGCGAUGUUGAAAUGGACAUGCGAGGCCGAUGCAGUGCUGGACAAAAGGUUCUCGCCAGCAUCAUCAUCCGACUGGCCCUCGCAGAAUGCUUCAGUGCGAAUUGCGGACUCAUCGCUCUGGAUGAACCAACGACCAAUCUCGACCGCGAGAACAUCGAAAGCCUGGCAGAGUCGCUUCGUGACAUAAUCAGGGAACGACAGCAACAAUCCAACUUCCAGCUCAUCGUGAUUACCCAUGACGAAGACUUUCUCCGCAAGAUGGAUUGCGCCGACUUUGCCAAUUACUAUUACCGAGUCUCUAGAGACCAGGCCGAGAACUCCAUUAUUGAGAGACAAUUGAUCACAGAGGUUUUGUAGCUGCACACGUGCUAAGAUAUGAUUCGUGGGCGCUGUCAUGGUCCCUGCCAGGGAACCGCUGGCCAAGGGAGCCCGCAAGCUUACGACGGAACUAUUUAUUCUCUUUAUGUAUUUUGCCUGAAACAAAGGCGACAUGGUUGACGCGGCUGUGCUUGUAUUCUGAGUCAUCCACGGAUCAAAGCUCAACGCCUCCAAAAC